AUGAGUAUCAUUUCGGUGUCAGUGUGCAAAGUACAGCAAGCUUCUGUGAAUUUCGAAAGGGGACUGCGUAUGGAUCCUUUCUUCCACCGCCACCGUAAGGAGAAGGUGGUCGUCAUCAUGGGAGCCACCGGCUCCGGCAAGUCCAAGCUUGCCAUUGACCUGGCCACCCAAUUUGCUCCCGCAGAGAUCAUUAAUUCCGACAAAAUGCAAGUUUAUCAAGGCCUCGAUAUCACCACCAACAAGGUAACAGAACAGGAGUGUCUAGGUGUUCCUCACCAUUUGCUUGGCGUAGCAGAUCCCGACCUCGACUUCACCGCCGGCGACUUCAUCCGCCACGCCUCCUCCGCAGUUGAUUCCAUCGUCGACAGACAUUGCCUUCCCAUCAUCGCCGGCGGCUCUAAUUCCUACAUCGAAGCCUUAGUGAACCACCACGCUGAGUUUCAAACCAGGCUUGAGUUUUGCUUCCUCUGGGUCGACGUCUCGCUCCCGGUUCUCCACUCCUUCUUGUCGGACAGGGUCGACCGGAUGGUCGAAGCCGGUCUGGUCGAGGAGGUUCGACAAAUGUUCGACCCUUACGCUGAUUACACGAAAGGGGUAAGAAAAGCAAUCGGAGUUCCAGAGUUGGACCAGUUUCUGAGAGCUGAGUCGUCGUCGACGACGGACGAGAGGAGGAAGAAGAAGCUUCUUGAAGCUGCCAUUGGUAGGCUGAAGAUGAACAACUGCCGGCUUGCGAGCCGCCAGCUGCUAAAAAUUCAUCGGCUUCACGGCUUAUGGAAGCGGAAUAUGCAUCGGCUCGAUGCGACGGAGGCGUUCAUGAUGAGGAAUAAAGGAGAGGAAUCGACGGAGUCGUGGGAGAAUCAAGUGGUGAAGAAAAGCCGAAGGAUCGUCCACAAGUUCUUGUACGAGGAAAGCCAUAUUCCGCCGGCGGUGUCUUCCAAACCUGUGAUGAAUGUGCCACCGCGGCCGCCGCCGUCUUCCCUGGUGGCCAUGGCUACUGCAACUCAUUAGAGGUGGUAGGGCCAGAGAAUCUAUACAAAGUAAAGGUCACUGACUCACCAUUGACAUGCCUCCGAUCGAUGAUGACAGACAUACAUGUGUGUGUCUAUAUAAUACAUGUAUAUGUGUAUAAAUACGCACGCACAUACACAUACACAUGGCACGAUCAGUUUCGCAUCUUAAUUAACAGAAUACAACGUUAUAGGGAUAUAAAA